UGGAUCCAGCUUUGAGCUCGAACCCUAUUAAUGUAAUAAAAGAACCGGUUAACCAGUACCGGUUUACCAGUCCCUGUGCUCAGUUCGUUCUGAACCAAAACCUCCCUUGUUCCACACCCAACAUCUCGCAUCCAACAAACAACGAGGAGCCGGUUGUUUUACAGUUCUACAAAGUCGCUGGCAAUGUCCCUGGAUCUGCACUCAGGACCAGGCUGUGUUGAGGAUAACGGCAACCCCGAAGGGCAAGGGGUAAUUGCAAGUGAAUUGACCCUUGAAUCUGAGAAUCCUGCUGCUGCAGAUGCUGCCCACGCCUCCAAGGAUGCGCAGAGGCAACCAAAGGUCCCAGAAGGUCUUGACCCAAGCUUCUUCUGGUUGUCAGAUGAGGAGAAAGAGAAUGCUUUGGAUAUCAAGGAGGCAAUUGAGAGCUUACCAGACCUAGACAAUCUAUCUGACUUUAUGUAUGCGAAUAUGGCUCUUGUGUGGGAUGUAGCCACAGCAGUGGAACAUGCGUACAUAUUGCAAGAAGUCAGAAUGGAGUACAAGGUGCCCGUAACAUUCGAAGAUGGUGUCCGAGCAUUGACGGAGUUGUUUGAAACAAUUCCAUUAUACUUUCUGUCUUACAUGUUUGAUCUAAGGGCAGCAAAGUCUGUUUUGGUGAUGGACUUGAGUUCAAUAGGUCAAAGGUUGAUGAGAGACCCAAAGAAUGUUGAAAAAAUAAUCCGCGGAGCCUCCUACGUUUGCUAUGCCACUAUACCUACCUUGGAUAUUGUGAGGAAAGGCAAAAAUGAUAUCUUUGAAUUUGGAGAAUUCCAAUGGGGAAAAGGUAUGGUUGAUUUGAAGUGUGUGGAGCAAGUUACUGUCCAGACCAUUGGGGCAUUUCCCGCCAAUUUCCAAGCGCACUUCUACCAUACUCCCAUGAUGGCAAAUGUUUUUGUGUCCAUGUGGAAGAAGGUUAUACCCAAAGAAGUGGCAGAUAAGUUCCAUGUUGGGUUUCGAUUUGCUGGAGGGAGGCUAUCCAAUUUCUACUUGCUACCAACACCUGAAGUUGCCACCAAGAAAACCUUGGCAAACCUUAUUGCUGGCCUCAAAAUUCGAUUGGACAGUGAAAAGAUGUUCUCGCUUGACGCUGACUAUGGAUCACCACCAGAGGAAGGGAAUAUCCAGGAUGAGGACUGA